AUGGGCUUGAGCAGCGUUUACGACAAUUACUCGUCCUUCCACAAUGGCACAACAUUUGCCUCAGCAUUUGACAAUUUCAACAAUGUCCCAAAUUUAAACAUUAUUGAAAAGCUUUGGGGUUCAUACUACUACUAUAUGGGCAAUGACUUAUUUGCUACUGGUCUCUUGUUCUUCUUGACCCAUGAGCUUUUCUAUUUUGGCCGUUGUUUGCCAUGGAUGAUUAUUGAUAGAAUCCCAUAUUUCCGCAAAUACAAGAUCCAAGAUGAAAAAUUACCCAGUGACAAGGAACAAUGGGAAUGCUUGAAAAGUGUGUUAACCUCACACUUUCUUGUUGAAGCGUUCCCCAUCUGGUUCUUCCAUCCAUUGUGUCAAAAAAUUGGUAUCACUUACCAAGUUCCAUUCCCAAAAUUAACAACUAUGCUUUUCCAAUGGGCUUUAUUCUUUGUCUUGGAAGAUGCUUGGCACUAUUGGUUGCACAGAGGAUUACACUAUGGUGUAUUCUACAAGUAUAUUCACAAACAACACCACAGGUAUGCUGCACCAUUUGGAUUGACUGCUGAGUAUGCACACCCAGUUGAAGUUGCUCUUUUGGGCAUGGGAACUGUUGGUAUCCCCAUUGUUUACUGUAUAAUCACACAAAACUUGCAUCUUUUCACCGUGUCCAUUUGGAUCAUCUUGAGAUUGUUCCAAGCAGUCGACUCACACUCGGGAUACGAAUUCCCAUGGUCAUUACACCACUUUUUGCCAUUUUGGGCUGGUGCUGACCACCAUGAUGAACACCACCAUUACUUUAUUGGAUCAUACGCAUCAAGUUUCAGAUGGUGGGAUUACGUUUUGGGAACCGAGGCUGGACCAAAAGGUAAAGCUCAAAGAGAAAAGAAAACUCAAUUAAAGGCAAAAAAAGAAUUAUAA